AUGUCUGAGAAAUAUGACGACCACACAUUGGAUGGUGAGAAGCAUGCUGUCGAUGUACAGCUUGGAGAGUUCAUCGAUCCUGGCAGGGAGAAGAAGCUUCUUGCCAAGUUGGACUUUGCACUUGUUCCCAUCAUUAUGUUGACCUACCUCGCCUGCUUCCUCGACCGCAGCAAUAUUGGCAAUGUCAAAGUUGCUGGUAUGCCCGAAGAUAUCGGUGCAAGCGCAGAACAGUUCUCGACCGCAGUAUCAAUUUUCUACGCCACAUAUGUCUUGUCAGAGACGCCGUGGGCUGUCCUGUUGAAAAGGUUCACACCUAAAUACACCAUUGGUGGUUUAUGUGUCGUCUGGAGCUUGACGACAAUCUUCAGUGGCUUCAUCACCAGUGUUGGUGGUCUCUACGCAGCUCGCCUUGUUCUUGGAGCUUGCGAAGGCGGCCUGUUCCCAGGCUUGAACUUAUAUCUGACAAUGGUCUACAAGAGAGAAGAAAUGGCUAAGAGGGUGGCUUACCUUUUCGUCUGCACGGCUCUCGCUGGCGCUUUUGGUGGUCUCCUGGCAUACGGAAUCCUCCAAAUGGACGGAGUGUCUGGUUUGGCUGGCUGGAAAUGGGUCUACAUCAUCGAGGUCAGUCAUCGCAUUGCACUGCACAGCACGAAGGCUAACACACCGAAGGGUAUCUUCUCGGUUGGCGUAGCAAUCGUCGUCUUCCUCUUCUUGCCCAACGACCCUAACAAUGCAUACUUCCUCAACGACGAUGAUAAGCAAUUGAUGCAGGUCAGAGCAAGACAACGCGCAGCAUACAUGGGAUCUGAGGAUUUCAGCUGGGCAGAAGUCAAGAUUGCUCUCACCGAUCCCAAGGUAAUCCUCAGUGGUCUUAUUCAAUUCUGUCAAGAUAUUCUUCUUUACGGCUUCUCGACUUUCCUGCCAUCUAUCAUCAAGUCGUUGGGGUACGACUCCCUCCAAGCGCAAUAUCUUACCAUCCCGGUCUACAUCUUCGGCGGUCUCGCAUUCAUGGCCGUCGCUUGGUUCUCGGACCGUACCAGUAUUCGUGGCCCCCUUGUGGCCUUCGCCAACAUAUUCGGCAUCAUCGGAUAUGUCCUGAUUAUUUGCCCAACACCACACGGUGUCAAGUUCUUGGGCACUUUUCUGUGCGCUGUCGCUGUAUACAAUGGACCUGGUCUCAACAUGAGUUGGCUGAACGUCAACGUCGCACCACAAUAUCGUCGAGCCACUGCGAUUGGUUUCCAGCAGACUAUCGGCAAUACUGCAGGUAUUGUAGCAGGACAGAUCUACAGAAAGAGUCCAUAUGUGCUCGGCAACUCCUUUUCGCUAGGAGCUCUUGGAGUGGCACAGACCUUGAUUGCUUGCAAGUGGCUCUAUCUCAGACACUGCAACAAUGUCAAGGAGAGAAUCGCGAAUGGUGAGACAGAUACUAGGAAGGUGCAGACUGGAGAUGCUGCCACGGACUUCAAGUACCACUUGUAG